CGUUCAAUUGUAGUUGGCGUUGGCAGGUGGUACGCCUGAGAGACCUGACAUGCGGCCGCUCCGCUAUUGUCAUGUGUCACUUUUUCUAGAGUGAGUGAAGCAACUGGGCCAACUGGCGUAUUUGCUGUAUCUUGUGUGAUUUAUACAUAUUGUUUGAGAAACAAAUAGUUGAUUUUUGAGCUUGUAUAUUCAACAAUCAUAAAGUUGAAUCGAUGUGGGAUUCCAUAUUAAACUGGUAUUGGAGCGAGAGCUUCUGGUUACCGGCUAAUGUCACAUGGCAGCAUUUCAAAUCUACAAAAGAUAUGACUAUGCCCCAGCCAGAUGAUUUGAAGAUAAUUCUUCCUUUAACGAUUGUUCUCAUUCUUACCAGGAUUCUGUUUGAAAGGUUUGUUGCAUACCCAUUUUCAAAAUUUAUUGGUGUCCCUGAUGUGAAAAGAAAGCCUGCUGAGCCAAACAAAAUACUUGAGAGAGUGUUCACAACAAUUAGCAAGUCACCAGAUGCCGAACGUAUUCAAGGCUUAGCCAAAGAGCUACAGUGGACUGAGAAACAAGUACGACAAUGGUUUUACUUGAAGAGAAGUGCUAACAGGCCCACAAUUAUGAAAAAGUCAACUGAAUGUUGCUGGAGAUUCCUUUUCUACUGUACAUCAUUCUACACUGGGCUUUACUUGCUACAUAAGGAAAAACAUUUUUUUGACACAAGACACUCUUGGUACAACUACCCAUACUAUCAUAUCACAAAACCCAUAUAUUAUUACUACAUGGUUGAAGCUUCAUUUUACACAUCGCUCAUCUGUUCACAGUUUAUGGAUGUUCGAAGAAAGGAUUUUUGGCCAAUGUUUAUUCACCAUAAUGCUACAGUGGUAUUAAUAGUGAUGUCUUACGUUACAAAUCAUGUUCGUAUCGGUUGCCUCAUUAUUCUAGUUCAUGAUUCAGCUGAUUAUUUGUUAGAGGCAGCAAAAGUAUUUAACUAUGGUCGAUUGCAGAGAAUUUGCGAUGUUACUUUUGCUUGCUUCGCUGUCAUCUUUUAUGUUAGUCGUUUGGUAAUUUAUCCUGGAUGGAUUUUAAAUACAGUCGCAUUUGAAGCGAGGGAGAUAUGUGGACAUUUUAAUUCUUGGUAUCCAUUUAUGGCCUUGCUUUCCUUGCUUCAGGUUCUUCAUUUGUUUUGGGCUUUCUUUGUUGGUCGAGUUGUAUAUUCUUCACUUGUCGAGGGAAAGGUUGACCGAGAUUCUCGCAGUGACAGCGAGGAAUCAGAUGAUGAGGAUUCGGACGGGAAAGAAAAUAAAUCCGAUGAAGCGAUUAUCCAGAAUGGCAAGAAAAAGUUGUAAGCAGUUUUCACUGUAUGUACAGUAAAAAGCUGCGUCAGAAAACCACUGCUAACUUGUUGUCAACUGUAUUGUUGAGCCUUCUCGAUCACAAUAACUUCUAAUAUUUUCUCCAAAAUCAGGGUUUUACUCGGUUUGUGUCUUGAAUUGUGUUUCUAACGAUACUUUGCUGUAAGUUUCUUUCACAUUCGGUCAAACUACAAAUGGACGAUAUAGCGCCUGAAACAAGGCUAUCACCUUCCAGUUUUUCUUCAUUCUAGAUGUUAAUUUUAAACCUAAUCUCUGCUAGUGGUUUUUGUGCGGAUUUUAACUGUAGUUAAUUCAGUAUUUCAUCUCUUUAUAAUAUAUAUAUAUAAAUAUAUAUAAAGAUUGUUUUAUAAUUACAGAUUGGUUUUAAAGUUUAAUUUAUUACAUAUAGUUUUAACAAUAUGAUACAGAAAUUUUUUGAUGAAAACUGGUAGGGAUAUUGAUUAUAGCAUAAUUA